GCGAAAUAGCACACCGAGCACACCGAGCAUCAGUUCCUCGCAGACUCCAGUCCAGUCAGCACACAGCUCACCACCAUGUCCAGCGACUGCAGUGCAACGGAGUCGCGAGUCACGGAGACUUUGACACUCCAGUGGGAAGUGUACGCGUGGCGAGUGUUAUUUCGGCAUCCCAAUCCGCACAUCGCUUACUGCCAUGCAUAUGCAGAGGGCAAAGAGUGUCUUUCACAGAUGAUUUUUAACCCGGCAGCGGUCCUAGUGUCUACUGUGCGAAUAACCGGGAGAAUGGGAGACGACGAAUGCGAAAGAACUGUGCCCAACUGCCAUGUAUGCAAUGAGCGUAUAUGGCAGGGAAUUGUGGACAAUGGACCGCCAGUCGCUCUUAACCAGAGAGUGUCCGGCAUCAGGCGCUGGACAUUCGAGUCGGCACUUGUGGUCACCCCUGAUCCCGAGUGCAACUUGGUGCACUAUUGCAUGGAGAAGCCAUGCUUACGACAGGCGUUAUCUGACAACGGCAGAAUCCUGUUCUUUGAAAUGUUUACGGGAGGAUCAUCAUUUUUCGAAUUCGAAGAGGUGCAGUACACGGCGACAUCUGUGAUACCGAUGGAGUGCAGAGCCUGCCAACGAACCUUAACAAUAGAGUACACUGUGGAGGAAUCUGAAUAA